AUGGACGGCUGCGGCGGCCGUGACGGCUCUCUGGAACGGGCGCUGGAGGCGUUGGCAGACGUCGUCGUGGCGCCCACACAGUUCACCACUUCGCGUGUGGAGAAGGAGCGCCAGGCGAUACUGUCGGAGGCGCGAAUCAUUAACACGCUGGAGUAUCGCAAGAACUGCGCCACCGUUGAGGCGCUGCACUCGGAGACCAGGCUGAGUCGCAGGUUCCCCAUCGGCGACCUCGAUAAACUGGAGCGCUACAGCGUGCAGGACCUGGUCGACUACCAUCGCAUACACUACCGGCCCUCGAAUCUGCGUCUGUUCCUCGUCGGCGACAUAGCGCCCAAGUCAGCGAUACAGGCCAUCGAGCGUGUGUUCGCCGGCAUGCAGGAGGACAAGGAGCUGGUGGAUCAAUACAUGCGUGUCCACGCGGACAUUUACAGCGGCACUGUGAAGGAGUCACGAUGGGGACUCCCACCGGCCAAGCACAUCUGGGACCAACCUGGCCCUAUCGCACACGUCUGGCAAAAUGGCCAAAUAAAGAAUUUGAGUCUCGAGGUCGUGAGAAAAAUGCCGAUCCCGACGAUUCUUACGCGUGGUGAUAUGCGGCAGAGCCUGCUUAUGAAGCUGGCGUAUCGCAUCCUGUCGCUGAAUUUCGACAUUCUUCAGCGUGGCACAGGUUCUCUUGAAGCGGUGGAGGCGAACGACUACGACUGCACCAAUGAGGGUUGCCGUGUGCGCUCAUUCGAGAUGCGCUGCGCGCCCUUCCAGUGGCGGGAGGCCCUGACGGCCGCCGUGGCGCAGGCCAAGUGCCUCGCCACGCAGGGGGCAACCCACGAGAUGUUCUCGAUUGUGAAGGACUCGAUGCUGCUCGACUGCUCCCGCCUAGACACCUCCAAGGCGGACAACCGCGACGUUAUCACCGGGCUGAUGGACGCAGCGACAUGCGGCCGGACGGUGAUGCUGCCGGACACCGAGAAGGAGAUCGUCACCGAAAUGCUGAACAGUGUCCACCUGGAUGACGUGAACGAUAUGGCGUAUAGGCUAUUUCCGUGGUCGUCCGGGGAAAGUUUCUCGGGAAUACACCUGAUAUGCUCCACCCCUCCUCCCGACCCAUCGAUCGGCUACGAUGGUGUGACGGAGGAGCUUAUCGCAGACGCCUUUGACAGCGAGUGCCGCGAGCCUCUCUCCGCUGCAUCGCUUAACCCCAACGUCAACACGCCGUCGCAGCUGCUGAGCGACGAGGAGCGACGUGAGGUAGUCGGGCGUCGUCCUUACGGCGAGGAGCCCGCGUUCGUCACCAACCCUAUGCUGCCGAAGGAACAGUACGCCCGCCCGGAACAAUCGCGGGAGGAGGUUCUGAGGUCACUGGCCGUCGGUGGCGACCUCCGACUCGUGUCGGAGCGGUACAUCGACGCUUUGCGAGACUCGUUCAAGCUGCAUUCCGACAUCGAAUAUAUCACGGAGAACAAAGAGACUCCGUCUGAACUGUCUAGGAUCGGCGAACGGCUAGUGGAGGGAUCGAGGCAUCUCGUUAAUGAGCAAGAGCACGGGAAGUACACCCAGGCGUUGGCAAACCUGCGCAAGCCCCUGGCAUCGACGCUGGAUCCCAGCGACGUGCUCUACCGGGAGCGCCCCGGUCCGGCCGGGAUCCACCUGCUGACGCUCGGUAACAGCAUCCGCGUGAAUUUACGCGUUGGUGAGGGUGACCAGAUGGCCAUAAAGGCUAUAAUACCCAUCGAGUACGACUACUGCGAUCAGGAGGCGCUGUUGCGGCGUAAACGCGAUCUGCUCCUGGCGGCCAACGCUAUGAUGGAGGGCGGCGCCAUGGGCAGCCUGAGCCGGCUGCAGGUCGAGAUGUUCUGCAGCCAGCACCUGAUAGACGUGAUGAUCGGGUCCAACGAGGACUACUUCUCCAUCGAGAUGUCGUUCCCCUACGGUCGGCAGGGCCGGCGCGGCGGUAACCUCGAGAGCGCCCUGCAGAUAAUGCACUCGCUGCUGCAGAACCAUCGCAUAGAACCGGAUGCGCUAGAGCGUGCCAAGGACAAGCUGCGCCGCGACCGUGACGUAUACGCGCAGGACCUCCAGGCAUACGGCACUGCGGACCUCGUGUCGGCCAUGAGCGAGGGCAAGCUGACCUACCACAACCUGGACAUGGCGGCAAUCGGCGAGUCUAAGCUGGAGGACAUACAGGCCACGUUGGACGGGAUCUUCAAACGCGGCGCCGUUGAGUUGUCGAUGUCCGGCGCUUUUGACCUGCAGGCGGCGAAGUCACUGCUGCUGCAGUACAUCGGCACCGUACAGCUGCCUGAGGCAUCGUCGGCUGCUCCAGACCGAUAUCAGCUUUGGAGGUAUUACGACUCGGUAAACGACAAUAUGGAGGAUAAGGGCGCCCGGUUUACCACUCUACAAGAAGAAGCCGCUGGAUCGACCCAAACUGGCGAAAGUGGUUCGGAGGCGGCUGAUGAACCAACAAGCCCCGAAGACAGGCACAGGCUCAUCCUGGUUCCAGACAACCAGGAGCGUGCCAUGGUGCUUGUCGGCGGCUAUGCGCCGAAUGCCAGCGGGAUCAUGCCGGAUGGGACUCACAUGGCCGACAUCAUGCACGCGGAACUGUAUGCGGCCUUGGCGACCGACAAGGACGUGAACAACAAUGUCGAGAAGCUGGUGCGCACGGCCAAGGAGCUGUGGUUGCACCCUGCGUUUCCUCGCGCUGCCUGCGCUUUGCUACAGGAGAUUCUCAGCAACCGCUCAUUCACCGUCCUGCGUGCGGAGAAGCACCUGACGUACGAAUCAAAUGUCGACUUUGUGCUGUAUGACGUGCAAUUCGCAGGCUAUUUCGUGAUCUCAGUUCACUCGUCGUUCGACAAGUCGGAGUCCAUCCUCGAGGAAACGCGCAAUCUGGUCGCCGAACUGCGAUCUGGAAUUCGGCCUGUUACGGAGCACCAUCUGCAGCGAGCACGGGACCAGGUGAUAGCGCGUUUGCGCAAGGACAGGACUGCAAACCGCCACUGGGUUGGCGAGCUGUUGGGGACGCAGAGCCGUCGGAUGCCGCUAAAGAGUUCAUUAUUCUGUACUGAGUUCGAGCGAGUGCUGCGCCGCAUCACUUUGGACGACGUGCACCUGAUGUUCGGGUCGAAUGCCUUCGGCUUCGACGAGGAGCGCCUGUGGAGCCGUAUCGUCCACACGGCAGUUGGUUAG